AUGAACCAAGAGAGUGUCACAGAACCAGACCGACUUGGAGAGAGCAGGCCAGCGGACAGGAGGCAACCGACACUUCCCAUCGAGGUGUGCGAGCGCGUCCUCGACCAUCUCUGGUUCGAUUCCAUCACGUUGAAAGCGUGCACUCUCGUGUGCAAAUUUUGGUACACACGUAGCCGAUACCAUCUCCUCGCGACCACCGAUCUCAAGGCGCGAGAGCACGUCGUACGCUUCGCCAGACUCGUGCGGUUCAGUGCGUUCCACAGCGGAGCAGUUUCUCAAGUCCGACUCAGAGGCACGAAGGCCGGUGCCUCCAAGGACGAGCGGAUGCCCAGCGGGCUCGUCGGGAUUUUCGCAACGAUGCUCGCGGGCAAGCUGCCGCAGCUCAAGGAGCUGAACAUGUGGGAUAUCAACUGGAAGCCGUCGGCGAUGCAUGCAGAUGUCUUCCUCCACCUUUCUGCGUUCGUGUCCAUCACACUGCUCGUCCUUGACGGCGUCACAUUCCCCUCGGUGCAGCUCUUCGGACGCUUGGUGUGCUCUUUGCGAGGCCUCGAACAGCUUGCAUGCUACGACGUCACCUUCACCGACCCCGGCUUCGAUGCGGCAGCAUUCCACGUUUCUCCCUCGAAACUGUCCUUCCUGUCUGUCGAUGGUGACGGAACAAGGGAAAUUAUCGAUUUCUUUGUGUCCACGAUGGGACCUCAGCUAGAAAUGUUAAGGCUUGGGAUGCAAGACCCGCAGGAUGCAAUAUCUGUGUCAGAGGCAUCGACGCUGGGCAUCCCGCAACUCCUGCAAGCUUGUGGUCUUUCGCUACGGCAGCUGGGAAUAGCAAUGAAGAAUUACGAGCUUCUGGUGUUUAGUACGAUCGCAGCUAAGCCCGUUGACCUCCACGCUUUCCUCGCACACAACCAUGGGCUCGAGGAGAUUUGGCUAUGCACGCAGCUUCGUGGAAAGAGCGCGUGGAUUCCGCUAAUUCUUAGCGGUAUCACAUCGAAGAAAAUGAAGGCUAUUCGUGUCUGGGUUGAUGGUUGGUCAGACGACCUUGACGUCCUGCGCAGGAUACAGAGCUUCCCAGAUCCACCGCAGCAUAGCUCCAUUGAUGAAUUGCUCUCGACGGACAAAUUUCCUUACCUUCAAAAACUCGAAAUCGAGCUUCACCUCCGCGGAGAUCAUGGAGUGCCGUUAGAGGAGCACUGGCGUAAGGCACUCGUCCUGCAGCUGCCCAAACUACAUGCACGCGGCAUUUUGCACGCUUCAGUGAGAAAACUUGACCCCCUCGACCCCAGGUAUUGAUUUGAUCUUGUCGUUUCUCCCAAUCAUAUUGCAUACAGUGAGUCUGUUCGGAUCGUUUGCAUCCCUAAGUGUUUGUAGACUGUGAUCUGAUGUACGCAUGUCGGGUUGUUGAAUGAUGUGACACAUUCGCUUGG